UGUUGAUACACUAGACGGAACAGCAGGAGAGCCCCAACCGAGAGGGACUACCGGAUCACUCUUCAGGGAGAAAGAAGACUGAGCUCACAUAGACCUCAGAGAAGACCUUUAAGACCUGAUUUUUGUAAUCAUUUUCCUGGAAUUCACCAGUUUUUCUGCAAGAACUGAGCAAGAAACUCUGAGCAGGAUGAAGUACUACCAGUGCCCCGUGUCACAGAACAUGAGGAGCAAGGCUUACAAUGAGGACUGCGUCAUCCCAGUCAGCUGCAAGACCUCUUCUCUGAAGCCUAUCCGCAAUGUGCACUUCCCCAACGACAUCGUUUUCCAGGACUACGUCAGACACGGCGAGCUGGAGAGGAUUGGACUUUUCCUCCGAGCCAAAAGGGUUAACCUGGACACCAUCUACCACUCUGGCAUGGCUGCUAUCCACGAGGCCGUCCUGUCUGGGAACCUGGAGUGUGUGAAGCUGCUGGUGGACCACGGAGCAGAUAUCCACCAGAGAGACGAGGAGGGAUGGACCCCCCUGCACAUGGCUUGCAGCGACAGUUUUCCACACAUUGCACGCUACCUCCUCUCGCUGGGCGCCGACCCCGAGCUGGAGAACGACUGCGGGGAGAGGCCAGCUGACCUCAUAGACCCAGAGAACAAGGAGCCGCUGGAGCUGUUCGGCCUGGCCGUCAACGACUGAAUGAGAGACACCAGGAUUUUAAAGCAUGCACACUUUUGUCUGAAACCUGCUGAUCCGGUCACCCGACUGUUGUGCAGAAACGGACCGAAGAGGCCUCGUCGAUCCAGCGUCCCGAUUUUGCGAGCGGCCUCGUUUCUGGAGGUUGAGGACUGACCUCGAAUGUCUGGUGUAAAGAGGCCUGGUCUAGCUGGUUGAGCAGAGACGUUUCCAGCUUUACAGAUUUACAGCUUCACAUCACAUAUUUUUUAUACCGCAGUGAAUUGCGUGAAGCAUUUGAUUUUUAGGUGUUGAUUUUAUUUGGCUUGUCGCUGGAUUUAGGAAGACUUUUGUAUGUUGUGAAAUUUGACACUUGCUUGUGGCUCAGAUCACUGGCACCCCUCUGAAAGCACCUCUGUAAUGUAGUACACAAGGGUAAACAGGCUUGUCAACUAGUUUGCAGUCUAUCAAAAGUUAUAAACCCAAUGUAUUUUUUUUAUUCUUGCCUUCUUCUUGUUGUUUGUAUAUUAUUUUUAUACUAUUUUUUAAAAUAAAGUUAUUAA